AUUACAAGCUGGCAAUCCAUCCGGAAAAGUAUCAACCAAUCAGAGAAGAGAAUGUAUCUCUCGGCCUCUCCUAUAUAUAUAGUCGUCCUGAUCCCGUACCAUAAAGCACUCUACUUUCCGAGAAGAUAUUUCUGCAUCCACCACUCAUUUCUUACUUCCAAAUCCUCUCAAUUUUCGAAGUCCAGAUCUUUAACUUUGCUAGAAUGGCUUCAACCGGAGCAACCAAGUCUACCGGCGGUGGGAGAGGCAAAGCAAAAGCUGCGAAAUCGGUGUCCAGAUCUUCAAAGGCAGGGCUUCAAUUCCCGGUGGGUCGGAUUGCCCGUUUCUUGAAGAAAGGGCGAUAUGCUCAGCGGGUGGGAUCUGGUUCACCUGUUUACCUCUCCGCUGUUCUUGAAUACCUUGCUGCUGAGGUGUUGGAACUUGCUGGGAAUGCUGCGAGAGAUAACAAGAGGAACAGGAUUAUUCCAAGGCAUAUUCAGUUGGCAGUGAGGAACGAUGAGGAACUAAGCAAGUUGCUGGGGGGCGUCACCAUCGCCAACGGUGGGGUUUUGCCCAACAUUCACCAGAAUCUGCUGCCGAGGAAGUCCGGCAAAGAUGGGAAGCCGGAGAUUGGAUCUAUGUCUCAGGAGUUUUAAGGCUGUGAAGAAAAAGAACAGAGUAAUAGGGAUAACUGUUUGUUUUUUAUUUUGGGUUUGGUGAUAAUUUAAUGGCUUAUUAAACGGAGCAAGUGACUAGUAUGAAGUAGGAUUAUGCUUUUCGUUAGUCUGGUAUUAUAUUAGUGGUAGCUUUUUUGUGGAUAUGUUGAAGCUCUGUUUUUCUCUACUGGGAUAUUUGGUUCUGGAAAAAGUUGCUUAUCAAUGCAAAUGGAUGCUUUAGUGCUAUAUCUUCACUGUGCUGAUUUUUUAUUCCUCGAUUUUAUUUUGGGCUUGCUUUCUGGUGUGCAUAAUUUAGUUUAGUACACAAUUUUUGUAGAUUUGAUUUUUAUCAAUGAUGGCAACCUUUUUGGGUAAGUUUGCUUAAAUUUUUAUCAGCUCUCCCAAUAAAAAAAGGCGUUUUAUCCAAACGAAUAUCCCAAAUCUAAAGAUCUUAUUUAAUUAGUUCACUGUCGAUACUGUAAAUCCUAUCUCCAAUGAAACUUCUGUUUUAUCCAUUGGUUUGUUCAAGCUUUAAGUAGGCAGGUUUUCUGGCCCUCCUCUGCAAUAAAAUACAGGUGCGAAC